AUGCCAUCCAAAGAGUCCUGGCCGGGGCACAAAGCGAAUAGGUCCGCGGUGCACAACUCGAAGCAGGAGAGCCGUCAGCAAGAUUUGUUGAUCGCAGCCCUGGGGAUGAAACUGGGCGCUCAGAAGUCAUCUGUGACGAUCUGGCAACCUCUUAAACUCUUUGCUUAUUCGCAGUUGACAUCGCUCGUCAGAAGAGCAACUCUGAAAGAAAAUGAACAUAUUCCAAAAUACGAGAAGAUCCAUAACUUCAAGGUGCACACGUUCAGGGGUCCGCACUGGUGUGAAUACUGCGCCAACUUUAUGUGGGGCCUCAUUGCUCAGGGAGUAAAAUGUGCAGAUUGUGGUUUAAAUGUGCACAAGCAAUGUUCCAAGAUGGUCCCAAAUGACUGCAAGCCAGACCUGAAGCAUGUCAAAAAAGUGUACAGCUGCGACCUUACAACGCUAGUAAAAGCACACUUCACGAAGAGACCAAUGGUAGUAGACAUGUGCAUUAGGGAAAUCGAAUCUAGAGGUCUUAAUUCCGAAGGACUAUACAGGGUCUCAGGAUUUAGUGAUCUUAUCGAAGAUGUCAAAAUGGCAUUUGACAGAGAUGGGGAAAAAGCUGAUAUUUCUGUGAAUAUGUAUGAAGAUAUCAAUAUUAUCACUGGUGCACUUAAACUGUACUUCAGGGAUUUGCCAAUUCCACUCAUCACGUAUGAUGCCUACCCAAAGUUUAUAGAGUCUGCAAAAACCACCGAUCCGGAUGAACAGUUGGAAAUUCUCCAUGAGGCGCUGAAACUGCUGCCGCCUGCACACUGUGAAACAUUACGGUAUCUCAUGGCACAUCUGAAGAGAGUGACGCUCCAUGAAAAGGAAAAUCUGAUGAGUGCAGAGAAUCUGGGCAUAGUUUUUGGACCGACUCUUAUGAGAGCGCCAGAACUGGAUGCAAUGGCUGCGUUGAAUGACAUCCGUUAUCAGAGACUUGUGGUGGAGAUGCUUAUAAAAAAUGAAGACAUUUUAUUUUGA